AUUCGUGAGCAAUUAAACUUAGCCCUCCCUAGUAAAGUAUUGUUUCAUUUGGGCCGUGCAGGCAGGUUAUACAGGUUCUUUAUCUGCAGUAGUCCAGUGUUUACACACACUCUGCGUCAGAAGCUGAGAGACGAAGAGCUGAAGACAUGGCGCAAACGUUUAAAGGAAAUAAAGGAGACCUGAUAGAGAUCAACCGUGGGCCCUAUCAGCACUGGGCCGUCUACAUCGGAGGAAAUGAAGUGGUUCAUUUCACUACAGAUGGUGGUCAGUCAUCUGGCUCGUCAGCAAAUCUGGGCAGCAGCACUGGAAAAGUGAAGCGUGAGAAGCUCGCCAAUGUGGUCGGCAAUCACCGUUACCAGAUCAACAAUCUGCUGGAUAAAAGCCGUAAGGCUCGUGAUCCCUCUGUCAUAGUGAAGGAGGCCUGUGCAAUGGUGGGCAGUGAGCCACAGUACAACUUUGUCACUUACAACAGUGAACACUUUGCUACCGAGAUGCGAUACGGCGAGGCAGGGUCUCAGCAGUGUAAAGGAAAUAAAGGAGACCUGAUCGAGAUCUUUCGUAAGGGCUAUCAGCACUGGGCCGUCUACAUCGGAGGACAAGAAGUGGUUCAUUUCGGUACAGAGGGUGGUCAGUCAUCUGGCUCGUCGGUGAGUCUGAGCAGCAGCCCCGGAAUAGUAUUGCAAGAAAAGUUUUCCAAAGUGGUCGGCGAUGACCGUUACAAGGUCAACAAUCUGCUGGAUAAAAAGUACAAGCCUCGUGAUCCUUCCAUCAUAGUGAAGGAGGCCUGUGCGAUGGUGGGCAGUGAGCUGCAGUACGACCUUGUCACUAACAACUGUGAGCACUUUGCUACCGAGAUGCGAUACGGCAAGGCAGAGUCUCGUCAGGUUCAGGGAGCUGUUACCACAGGCAUAUCAAUUGUUUCCACCUCAGGCGUUGGAGCCUCAUACUUAUCCAAGUAGUUGGGGAACUUGCAGUCUGUGCAGCUCUGAUUCGCAGUCGUUCCAGCAGUUAAGAGGAAGAGGAAGACAACAAGAAUAAAACAAGAACAAACACUGGCAACAAUGAAUGUUGGUAUGUAGCUGACAGUGAUUAUGAUUUAAAAAAAUGUAAUAAACGAUUUCACUUGUGCAAUCUGGAGAGAAAAGGGUUUCAACACAGUUGAAAGACUUGACUUGAAUCAGAUAAGACAAUGAGGCAUUAAAUCAUCUGGAUGAUUAGACUCAAGGCACAUCUCUUCAGACUUCACCUUGGAUAAAAGAUAAACAAUAUAUACUUCUAUAUCUGUUUAGUAGCACCUCUAUAUAUCUAGUAGCACUUACAUAACACUUACAUAUAGAACUUUGUAGUUUGGCUUUAUUCAAUCAAAUUGUACUUGAUUCUUGUUGCUCUGGGUUUGUUCUCUCAUGGUUGAUGCUCUUAUUGUUGCUUUGGAUAAAAGCAUCAGCUAAUUGAAAUGUAAUGUGAUUUGAUGUGAGGGAUUUUUCUUUGUCUUUCAUGUAAUUCUUCACUUUUUAAAAGGAUCAAAUAAUCAUUUGAACACAAUUUAUUUGCAAUAAAACACAAUUUAAGAUAAAUUUCUUCAGUGAAAAUGAUUUUCCUCAUUUAAAAUAUAUAUUUAGCAAAGACAUUUAUCACAUGUUUCUAUUUUCUCAUCCCACUAAUUUAUUGCGUAUUGAUCAAUUCUUCAUUAUAUUUUUAAUGCAAUAAUCAAAGUAUAAUUAAAUGAAAACUAUCUUCCCAA